CAGACAGGGUUUUCUUUGCAGUAGGUUGCGUCGAUAAAAGAGGUGACUGUGCCACUUAUGCACGUCAGACAUGUACUAAUCCAAAAUAUACGGAAUGGGUCAAAGAUAAUUGUGCAAAAACGUGUUUAUGUUCUGGUGGAUUUGUUUACACUGGAAGGUAUGUAGGACCAAGCGGAACAGGGACCGGAACAAUGACUGGGAGCAAUGGACAAGUUACAAUGACUGCAACAACUACUCCAGCUCCAAUGCUGACAACUACAGCAAGUAAAACAACUACUUCAACAAUUGGAACAUCUGCUUCAACGAUGGGAACAACUACUACAACGAUUGGAACAACUACUUCAACAAUGGGAACAACUGCUACAACGAUGGGAACCACUACUACAACAAUGGGAACAACUGCUUCGACAAUUGGAACAACUGUUACAAAACAUCCCUACAUGGAUGAUCCACGUAUUACAUGCGAUAUGUUUGUGUGCAAUAUUGACUUAAAAAUCUUUUGCCAGCUUACAUGUAACAGAUGUCCAUGAUGUACUCAUUAUGUUGCUAUUAAAG